AUGGGGCUGCUGCUCUGGGACCAGCUUGCCUUCAUUUUGUGUUUAGCAUCUUGUUGAUAUGUGACUUUAACAACGAUCCUAAACCAGUGGCCUGUUUGUAGAAACUCCAUUUGUAGAUUCCAACUCCACCUCCUGAGCAGAGCAGCAGAGACACACGCUGAUCUCCAAAGGUUUUGUUAAACAGCACAGGGCAGUCGUUGAGCUUACUGAGAGCCAUGAAGAAUUUGGUUUUGGUUGUUCUGGGUUUGCUGCUGUCCCCUCAGCAGGCACAUAGCAGAAUAGAUGACACGACCAGUUGCAAGCCGGUAACGGCCAGAUUUUGUCAAGGUUUGGGAUACACCACUACCCUCCAUCCAAAUGGAGUCCUUGGAUACAACCUGCAGCAGAUUGGUCAGAUGGUGGAGACUGCUUGCUCACCAAACAUCGCCACAGUCAUGUGUCGAGUUGUUGUGCCUGAAUGCAGCUCGGAGGACGACAGCCGGUUGAAACCAUGCCGAGCUCUCUGUGAGAAGGUCAAGUCUGACUGCGAUUCUGCCUUCAAGGCGAAGCGGUUGUACUGGCCAAUGAGACUCCGAUGUGAAGCUUUACCGGAGUCUAACUGUGUACAGAGUCAAUACAACCCUGUCACUGAAGCACCCCCUGUAACGUGUGAGCCAAUCUCAGUCCCUCUCUGCAAAGACCUGCCCUACUCCGAGACCAUCAUGCCCAACAUCCUCGGCCACAAAACUCAGGAUGAUGCAGGCCUGAGUAUUCAACAGUUUGUCUCAUUUGUGAAAGUGGAGUGCUCCCCUCACCUGAAGCCUUUCUUGUGCUCCGUCUACACUCCUGAGUGUGUGUCGGGGAAGCCUCGACCUCCCUGCAGAACGCUGUGUGAGCAGGCGCGAUCAGGCUGUGAGUCACUGAUGAACAAGUCUGGCUUCCCGUGGCCAGAAAGCCUCAGGUGUGAGGCAUUUACCACUGAGUCCUGUGAACACGUUCAGGACUUCAGUUUGGCACCAACACCCCCUGCAACGUGUCAGCCAAUCUCAGUCCCUCUCUGCAAAGACCUGCCCUACUCCGAGACCGUCAUGCCCAACAUCCUCGGCCACAAAACUCAGGAUGUUGCAGGCAUGGAAGUACAUCAGUUCUUCCCGCUUGUGAAAGUGGAGUGCUCCCCUCACCUGAAGCCUUUCCUGUGCUCCGUCUACACUCCUGAGUGUGUGUCGGGGAAGCCUCGACCUCCCUGCAGAACGCUGUGUGAGCGGGCGCGAUCAGGCUGUGAGUCACUGUUGAACAAGUUUGGCUUCCUGUGGCCAGAAAGCCUCAGGUGUGAGGCAUUUACCACUGAGUCCUGUGAACACUAUGGUGUGGGCAGCAGCGGGGGGAUCUGUGAGCCGAUCACCAUACCGAUGUGCCAGGGCCUGUCCUACAACCAGACCGUGACUCCAAACCUUCUGGGACACACCAGUCAGAGAGAAGCGGUCGUAAAGAUGUCCUUUUUCAACUCGAUUGUGCGAACGGUGUGCUCAGUGGACAUACGCCUCUUCGUGUGCAUGGUGUACGCCCCCCAGUGUGUGGCAGGGGAAAUGCAGCGGCCCUGCAGGUCAUUCUGCGAGAGAGCCAAGCAAGGCUGUGAGGGUUUGAUGGCCAGUUUUGGGGUCUCCUGGCCACAUGAGCUGCAGUGUAACUCAUUCCCAGAGGUGAUGUGCAUAUCAGAAGACCCCACACCUGAGGUGCUGAAUGCUGAAGGUGUUCUGGCUAAGCUGAAUGCUGGAGGCUAUUCUGUUCGUGGCAAAUCCCUGAGUCUCAAGACGGCACGUCUACUGUUGACCCUCAUGGAUGUGGACAAGUCUGGAGACCUGAACGCAGUGGAGGUCUUCAAACUGGAGCACUACGUGGCCAUAGCCAGGAGGGAGUAUGUGGAGAGCUACCAGAUGAUGAACCCACCCGCCGUCACACAAACCCAAAUGAAAAAGAUCCUGUCUGCCCGUGAAUUUGAUUUAGAUGAGGGAACCUUCAGAACUCUGUGGAUCGAGUAUCAGUCAAAAGGAGGGAUCGACUACGAUGAGUUCAUCGCCCUCCUGACAAAACUUCAGAUCCUCAGAGAUCGUUUCCAGGCCCAUCAGCUGAGUUUGCCGUGUGACUGCCAAGUCGCCAGCUUCUCUUUCAAGCAGUUCAUGAAAUCAGCAAUAAUCUGAGGACCAGAGGACAGAGCUGCACCGGAUACCAGAUGUGGUCACGAGCCCAUUCAUCAGCUUCAUGUUAUUAAAGUACUGAAACAUUUAAAGACCUUUAAACACUGAAAAUAAGCUGCUGUUAGUCAUUUCUUCCUGACUUCUGUUUGUUGUGAUGCAGAACGUUUCUUACCUGAGUCCUCUGGAGAUUACAUUAAAACACUCAGCUGCAGUAACCAUGAA